AUGGUGCCUUUCUUGACCUUUGGUGCCAUCUUGUCACUUGCGGGUUCCGCUGUAUCCCAACAGCCCCUCUACGCGCAAUGCGGAGGGAAUGGAUGGACUGGCGCUACAACCUGUGUUUCAGGCGCAGUUUGCACCAAGUUGAAUGAUUGGUAUCUUCAAUGUCUUCCUGGAAACGCGCCACCCGUCUCGACCACGACCCCAGUCCCGACAAACUCAGGCCCUUCAACCACCCCUACCAGUCUUCCUCCCGUUGCAACUCCACCCAAUAUGUCUCCGGAGUGGCAAGCCGCAUACGAAAAAGCUCGAGUCGCAGUUGCAAGGCUUUCUUUGCAAGACAAGGUCAAUUUAGCAACGGGUGUCGGUUGGCAGAAUGGGCACUGCGUUGGAAACACCCCCGCGAUUUCUCCAAUUUCGUUCCCUGGCCUCUGCCUGCAGGACAGUCCGCUGGGGGUCCGAUUCGCAGAUCUUGUCUCCGCUUUCCCCGCUGCAAUUAAUGUCGCAGCUACAUUUAAUCGAACUUUGAUGAGGCAACGCGGAGAAGCAAUGGGCGACGAGUUCCGCGGAAAGGGAAUUCAUGUUGCUUUAGGGCCCAUGAUGAAUUUGGCUCGUGUACCUGCUGGUGGAAGAAACUGGGAAGGGUUUGGCUCUGAUCCCUACCUGUCUGGCGAAGGCGCAUACGAGACUAUCAUCGGCAUCCAAUCCCACGGAGUUCAAGCCAACGCAAAACACUAUAUCAAUAACGAGCAAGAACAUUCGCGGGAGACAAGCUCUUCCAAUGUUGAUGACAGAACUCAACAUGAGCUCUACGCGCUUCCAUUCUUGCGCAGUGUUCAGGCCAAUGUAGCCUCUGUCAUGUGCAGUUACAAUCAGAUCAACGGAAGCUUUGCCUGUGAAAACGAUAAAAUGCUCAAUGGUAUUCUCAAAGGAGAAUUUGGUUUCCCUGGAUAUGUAAUGUCUGAUUGGGCUGCCACUCACUCCACACUCUCUGUCAACAAAGGUCUUGAUAUGACAAUGCCAGGUGAUAUCACCUUUGGAUCGGGUACCACUUACUUCGGGAAUUCUCUCGUCUCUGCUGUUCAAUCCGGAUCUGUCUCGCAGGCUCGCAUAGAUGAUCUGGCUAUCCGUAUUCUCGCUGCAUGGUAUCUCACGAAGCAGGACAGCGGGUUUCCACCUGUCAAUUUCCAUGCCUGGAACCUCAAUGACCCAUUUAACAAACACGUCAACGUUCAAGGAGACCACAAGAAUAUCAUCCGCGAGAUUGGUGCUGCGUCCACGGUACUCUUGAAGAACGUUGGUGGAACUCUCCCUCUCAAGGCUCCUCGAUCCAUCGGCAUUAUAGGCAACGGUGCUGGACCUAGCUCAAGGGGGCCGAAUGGCUAUUCCGAUAGGGGAGGGACCGAUGGUGUCCUCGCGAUGGGCUGGGGAAGUGGCACUGCAGAUUUCCCAUAUCUCAUCACACCCUUGGAAGCCAUCACCACCAGGGCCAGGGCCGACGGAACGAUAGUGUCCUCGACCCUCAGCGACACAGACCUCAACGCUGCUGCUACGGUCGCUGCUGGAAAGGAUGUAGCUUUUGUUUUUAUUACAUCCAACUCUGGGGAAGGAUACAUCACCGUCGAAGGACAUGCUGGUGAUCGCAAUAACUUGUUGGCUUGGCAUGGAGGGGAUGCUCUGGUAGCUCGAGUCGCUGCCACUAACUCACGCACAGUAGUUGUCGUGAACAGCGUCGGACCUAUCAUCAUGGAACCCUGGAUUAAUCACCCCAACGUUACUGCCGUUGUAUGGAGUGGACUCCCAGGUCAGGAAGCAGGAAACUCGCUUACCGACAUUCUUUAUGGCGUAUACAAUCCCAGUGGUCGCCUACCCUACACCAUUGGAAAAACUGAAAAUGACUACGGUGCCAGAGUCCUGUACACCAGCGGGCCCCAAAUUGUUCAAAUGCCGUACACCGAGGGCCUGUUUAUCGAUUAUAGAUACUUUGACAAAAACAACAUCGCCCCCAGGUUCGAGUACGGGUUCGGACUGUCUUAUACAACCUUCCAGUAUUCGGGCCUCAGUGUCGCUGGUUCGGCUGACGGCGGUACGGCUCCUUCGGGUCCUGGCUCCUCACUAGAUCCAUGGUUGCACGAGAAAGUCGUUACCGUAACCUUCACCCUAGCGAACAACGGCACUGUGGCGGGCCAUGAGAUACCCCAGCUCUAUAUCGCCCUCCCAGCCUCAACCAAUUCGCCACCCAAGAGCUUGAAAGGUUUCGACAGCGUCUAUUUGACACCUGGUCAAUCGAAGACUGUCACUCUGGAGCUCUCUCGAUUCGAUUUGUCGAUCUGGAAUGUUGCUGCUCAACGGUGGCAAGUACCGACCGGGCAAACGGGCAUCUUGGUUGGUGCUAGCAGUCGUGAUAUCAGGUUGACCGGGUCGGUUACAAACUGA